AUGCCUCCAGGAGCACCUCGGGGGAAGGCGGCCCGCACACUGAUGUGCUGUUUCUCUCCCUUGGUGCUGUGGGGAUUCUCUGCAGUUUGCCAGGCUCUGGUUGUCUCCAGGGAGGUGAGCGGCCGGGAGGGCGAGACGCUUUCCCUGCGCUGUUGGUACGCGAGGGGCUACGAGGGCUACAACAAGUACUGGUGCCGCGGGGCCGCGCGGGGCUCCUGCCACAAAGUGGUGGAGACUGCAGGGCGAGAAGUGCCGCGCCAAAACGGCCGCGUCUCCAUCACGGACAACCACGUCUUCUGCGUGGUGCUGCUCACCGUGGAGGAGCUCUGCAUGGAGGACGCUGGGAGCUACUGGUGCGGGGUGGAGCGGGCAGGCAGGGACAUCAUGGAGCCGGUCACCGUGAGGGUGAGACCAGCCAUACCCACAGCUCCCAGCCCUGAGCCCUGGCUCUCCAACACCACAACGGAGUUCCCCCAUACUACGAACUUCUCUGCUGCAGGUGCGGGGCUGCAGAAGGAAAACAUCAGCCUUCAGAAGGGUCAGGAACCCCCCUCCUCUCCUCCCAAUCUCUCCAGGCCAGCCCUGCAGGUCCUGCUGCCCACCGUGAUGCUGCUGUUCCUCCUGGCUGUGGCCGGCUCUGCUGGGCUCAUCCACGCCCUGCGGAGGAGGAGGAGAAGUAAGGAAGCCCUACAGAAACCCCUGGGAUUGGUGGGAAGCUCCCAGCUGCGCUCACUGGCAGUGCAGGCACAGCAGCACCAUCACCCCGGUGCCGGACAGGCUGCUGGGGACACCCCACCGCCUCGCACCAAAGGCCUCGCAGCCCCCAAACAGCCGGGUGAUACCACAGAGCUGGACGCCAUCUACGACAAUGAGCUGCACCUCAGGAAGGUGAGAGCCCGGCCCGAGCAGUGCUGGCGCUGCAGGGAGGUUUGUGCAGCACGGGCAGGGGCCACGCAGGUCGGCAACCCCCAGGGCACCCGCACUGACAGCAGCGACACAGAGGAGCAGCGCAGUGAGCUGGGGGACGACAGAAUCUACAUCAACAGCUGA